CCGGUCCGGUUGGCUCGAGUCUUCAGAGAAGUCUGCGAGGCAGCCCCGCAGACUUGGAAGCCCUUCUGUGAAGGUGAAACUAAGACAAACCAUUUGAGUCUUGGAAAAAAAUAAUAAUCUGGAGGCCAGCUUCCUCCAUAGCCAGGGAGAAGCAGAGAAGCUUCAUAAUAUUUCAUCAUUCCCGAGUUUGUGCAUAAUUAAAGCUAGAUCCCCGGUGGGACAGAUGUCUUCAGUGGUGGCCCCAGCUAAAGAAUCCAAUGCCAUGGGCCCCAAGGAAAUGGAGCUCAUUCUUGUUAAAGAGCAAAAUGGAAUGCAAUUCACCAAUUCAACCCUCAUUAACCCAGCCCAAACCAGCAUUGAAACAGAAGAAAGAGAGACUUGGAGCAAAAAGAUUGACUUUCUCCUUUCCGUGAUUGGCUUUGCAGUAGACCUUGCAAAUGUUUGGCGAUUUCCUUACCUCUGCUACAAAAAUGGAGGCGGAGCCUUCCUGGUCCCAUACUUGUUUUUUAUGGUGAUUGCUGGGAUGCCACUUUUCUACAUGGAAUUGGCAUUAGGACAAUUCAAUAGGGAAGGAGCUGCUGGAGUCUGGAAAAUCUGUCCAAUAUUAAAAGGUGUGGGCUUUACUGUUAUUCUUAUAUCCCUUUAUGUUGGAUUCUUCUAUAAUGUCAUCAUUGCCUGGGCUCUCCAUUACUUCUUCUCAUCCUUCACUAUGGAUCUUCCCUGGAUACACUGUAAUAACACCUGGAAUAGCCUGAACUGCUCAGAUACUCGUUUUUCCAAUUCCAGUGACAGCUUUGACAUCAACGACACCUAUAAAACGACUCCUGCUGCAGAAUAUUUUGAACGAGGAGUACUGCAUCUUCACCAGAGCAAAGGAAUUGAUGAUUUGGGCCUUCCUCGCUGGCAGCUGACAGCUUGCUUGGUGAUUGUCAUUGUGCUCCUUUAUUUCAGCUUAUGGAAAGGAGUGAAGACAUCUGGAAAGGUGGUGUGGAUUACGGCCACCAUGCCAUAUGUAGUCCUCACAGCCUUGCUACUACGUGGGGUCACCCUGCCAGGAGCCAUCGAUGGUAUUAAAGCCUACUUGAGUGUUGAUUUCUACCGUCUCUGUGAGGCAUCUGUUUGGAUAGAUGCUGCCACUCAAAUAUGCUUCUCUCUUGGUGUUGGGUUUGGUGUGCUAAUAGCAUUCUCCAGUUACAAUAAAUUUACUAACAACUGUUAUAGAGAUGCGAUCAUCACUACCUCUGUCAACUCCCUGACAAGCUUUUUUUCUGGUUUUGUCAUCUUCUCCUUUCUGGGCUACAUGUCACAGAAACACAAUGUGCCCAUUGGUGAUGUGGCCAAAGAUGGACCUGGACUUAUUUUUAUCAUCUACCCUGAAGCAAUUGCUACUCUCCCUUUGUCCUCUGCUUGGGCUGUGGUUUUCUUCAUCAUGCUUCUCACAUUAGGAAUUGACAGUGCUAUGGGAGGAAUGGAGUCUGUGAUCACUGGACUGAUUGAUGAAUUUAAGUUUCUCCACCGGCACCGGGAGCUCUUCACUCUGUUCAUUGUCUUGUCAACAUUUCUAACCUCCCUCUUCUGCGUCACCAAUGGUGGAAUUUAUGUCUUUACACUGCUGGACCAUUUUGCUGCAGGGACAUCUAUCCUUUUUGGAGUACUCAUUGAAGCCAUUGGAGUUGCAUGGUUUUAUGGGGUUGGUCAAUUCAGUGAUGACAUCAAACAAAUGAUUGGUCGGAGACCUGGCUUGUAUUGGCGACUUUGUUGGAAGUUUGUCAGCCCCUGUUUUCUUUUGUUUGUGGUGGUGGUCAGCAUUGUUACAUUCAAACCACCCAACUAUGGAACAUACAUCUUUCCAGAUUGGGCCAAUGUGGUGGGCUGGAUAAUUGCAACUUCUUCCAUGGCAAUGGUACCAAUUUACGCCACCUACAAAUUCUGCAGCUUACCUGGAUCCUUUCGCAAGAAACUAGCUUAUGCAAUCACUCCUGAGAAAGAACAUGGCUUGGUAGAGAAUGGGGAAGUUCGUCAAUUCACUCUCCGCCAUUGGCUAAUGGUGUAAAAUGAUAUGAAGAAAGAAGAAAAUGAGAAGAUUAGCUUGGGGAGAAGAACCAAAACAUGAACUGAUGGAGAAAGGAAGACUAUUUUUACUAUGUAACCUCUUCUUUACUGCAAAGAAGGGGAAAAAAAGAAAAAAGAAAAAAAAAAAGACUUUUCUCUUCUGACUGUUUACAGUGUCUGCACCAAGGGAUAAGUUAUUGUCAUUGUCCUGUGUUGGUUAAAUAUAGCAUACAAUUAGUAUGGCGAGUUCUUUGGUUCAAAUGCUCAAUUGCUACUAGGAGGAAAGAGUAAAUCACUUUAUGCUAUUCAUGCAAACCCCUUCCCCCAAAUCACACUUAAGGUCAGAGGAACAUAACCUGCAGCAUCUUGUUUAUGUUUUCUUGGUGAAUUUGGAGAGAAAGAAAUGUCCUAUUCAGUAACUAUCAGGGACAUGCUAUGCUGCAAAUUUGUAUAUCUAUCAUCAACUUCCUAGAUGACUUUUGCUCACCUACAGAAACCAACUAUUCCAUUUUGUUUAAUUGUGGAGAAUGUGAAACAAAAGAAGUAAUUCUUGAUUUUAGACCACUUUAAUAAUCUCUAGUUCAAAGUUAAGGUUACAAAAAUAAGAAUUAUGAUUGUGUGUAAUAUAUAAUAGUGGUAUGUUUAGGAAACCAUCCAGGUCAAACAUAUACUAAGUAUGAUCAGGGAUAAAAUUUAUUUUCAUUUAGUCAAGAGAAAGAGAUAAGUUGAAUUAACAUGAUGCAGCUUUACACCUGAUAGGUUGGGGGAUCCAGAACAAUCUAAUACAACUUGGCUCUGAACUGAAUUGACAGAGCAGCAUCUGAGUAUCCUCUUGGACACAGCAAAACAGAGUUUCUGGACUAGAAGGGGCAUGCAGUUGGCAAAUACAGGUAUAGCUAAAUAUCACAGUUGUGCAUCAUCAGAGGGAUACCUAAUUAUGAAGUGGCCAGUCAGUCUAUGCCCAGUUUUAUAAUAUAGCAAGAAAUAUGUUCUGGAAUAUCAGCUGCCUGCAUGUGUAUGUCUUGAUUUCCCAACCAUAACCCUUAAUCUGAGGUGGGGUUCCAUUUUUGAUUGAUUCAUUCCUUGCAUGUCCAUCUUUAUAACAGUAACAUUACCAUGCCACAGGCUUUAAUUUGCUGAUUGAAUGAGACAAAAUAUGGAAAUGCCACAGAAAUAUACUUCGCCUUUUGGGCAUAUUGAUUUAAAAGUACUGUAUUGAUUGAUGGAGCCUGUCUGAAAUUAUGACUUUGUUGUCUUUCAGAGAUGAAGUAAAAAUCAUUAGUUGACACUGAGUGCCAAGAGCCUACCAAGUAACACAGCAUAGCACAAUUCAUAUUCUAUGGUUUCUUUUUGUAACUGAGCUGUCAACAGAUUUAUGCCUGACAGCUCAGAAAUACAUUUCUGUCCUCUAUUGCUAGAGGAGUAAUUUAGUUUGAGUAUUUUUUUUUGCACUGGCCUUAAGUUGGUUUUUAUCAUGAUUGAGUUAACCAACCCUAGACUCCUCCUCAUUGGAGAGUCUGGACAGGUUGUAGGGAUAACUAAAAGGACAACCAGGAACCUGGGAGAUGCCUUAUACAACAAAGCCAGAGC